AUGAGAAUCAUAUUAAUCAUGAGUACAGCAACCCAAACUAUCAUUGCAUCUCCAGCAGCAGAAGCAACAACAACAAUCUCUCCAUCUCCAGCAGCAGCAGUAGCAACAACAAAAACAAUCACAACACCACCAACAGGAGCAGUCUUUCAACCAUUCAUUGGCAAUCGCGUUAAACCAACAUACCCAUUAAGACAAGUCCAACGCAUUAGAAAACAAAUAUCAUCCACGUUAAAUAGACAUACAGGUGGCGACCAAGAACUACAAUCAGAGGUUCUAAGAAGAGAAAAGAUCUACAACGAUGGUACAGUUUUUAUGGCUACAAGAGAUUAUAGUUGUCUCAACAUCAUUAGAAAGAUGCACAAGGAAGCAAAAGAUGGGAAAAAGAAUCAUUUUACAAAAACACAUUCAUUUAUACUAAUUCCUUUCUUUAAAAGAAUAUUAUCAUCGGUAUCACCUUUUCAUACUGCUUCACAACUAAGAGAUUUUGGUUUCAAAUUUGCAAAUGGUGCAUUCACAAACGCCAACAAACAUGCAAAACAAUAUGGACCUGGUAGAAACAUUAGAGCAGAGGAGUAUACACAAUUCUGCCAGGCUCUGGGACGAUCUGAUAUCAAUAAAACAGAUGCCAACAAAAAGAAAAUAAUGGAGGAUAUUAAAGAAUUUUAUGCUCAAACAACGAUUACAGAACCUUCUUCAAAAUGUAGCACAAAGAACCAAAAGGAUGCCAACAAUAAGACAGUAAGAGUAUCGACACCAAUAAGAAAGCUACUGUGCCAAUCAAUUGCACAGGCAUAUGCUUAUUAUGUUGAAUUUAUUGCGAAAAAGUACAAAGACUGUUCAGACAAUGAUGAAAAGACACCAAUCCAUCGCAGUACAUUUUACAAGUUUGUACCAUCUGAUGUUGAAAUCUUCAACAACAGAACUGAUACUUGUCCAUAUUGCCAUCUAUAUGACGUGCUCAAGGCAAAAGCAGAAAAGACCACGCUCACAGAAAAGGAAGAUACAGAUUUUAAAACCUGUAAAAUUCACAAGGAAUUUGUUGAAAAGAGAAAAAAGGAUUUCGAGAAAAAAAAGGAAUCAUUGACAAAGGAUCAAGUCAUUGUAUUGAUGGACUUUAAAGAGAAUAUUGCACUUGGAAUGGGACCAGAAGAACUCAGUCAAAAUUUCUAUGGAAAACCACAAAGAAGCAUUCUUGGAAUGGUUAUUUACCAUAGAGAUCCAGCGACAAAUGAAGUGGUUAAAGAGCAUUUUGAUGUUUUUUCAGAUGUUUUAAAUCAUUGUUCGUCAUAUGUGAUUCAUAGUAUCAAGCUAUUCUUUUCCACAUCAGAGUUGUUCAAAGCUAGACACUUUUCACAAAUCUUCUUUUGGAGUGAUGGAGCAAAACAUUUCAAGUCUGCCGAGAUAUUAUCGUUUUGUAUUGACCUUAAAAAGUCACCAUCACAAAGCCUCAAUAGAGUGGAAUGGCAGUUUUCUGCACAAUAUCAUGGAAAGAGUGAUGUUGACAGACACUUUGCAGAUCUCUCAAACAUCACAGCUCAACAAUCAAAAUGUUAUGAUAUUUAUACUGGCAAAGAUUUUAUCAAGGUGGUGACAGAUGUUACAGUUAGAAAUAACCUUUACAAGUGUUCACAAGGAAGAAAAAAAGAUUGUGUACAAUUAGAGAUCAAAGAGUUUUCUUUGGAUUCAUUAAAACACUAUGAUACCUAUAAAAAUAUUGCAGGUUUCUCUGAUUAUAAUGAAUUUGUUUUUACCAACAAAAGUAUGUACAUGGGCAGUCAUGAAGUUAAUUAUGAACUUGAUCCCAUUAGAUUUACAUAUAAAUUUUUGUCUCAAAAGGUAAAAGUAGGCCAAGAAAUCGAUAUCAAGCGUGGUUUCAAAGAGGUUGGAGUAGAAGAAGCUCAAGUUAGUACUCACUAA